AUGUCAGUGAACAAAGACAAUGUCACAUCACUAAACAAAGACAAUGUCACAGUACUGAACAAAGACAAUGCCACACUACUGAACAAAGACAAUGCCACACUACUGAACAAAGACAAUAUCACAGUACUGAACAAAGUCAAUGUCACAGAACCGAAAAAAGACAAUAUCACAGCAGUGAACAAAGACAAUGUCACAUCACUAAACAAAGACAAUGCCACAGUACUGAACAAAGACAAUGCCACACUACUGAACAAAGACAAUGCCACACUACUGAACAAAGACAAUAUCACAGCACUGACCAAUAGACAAUGCAACACUACUGAACAAAUACAAUGCAACACUACUGAACAAAGACAAUAUCACAUGAACAAAGACAACGUCACAUCACUUAACAAAGACAAUGUCACAGCACUGAAUGAAGACAAUGUCACAGUACUGAACAAAGACAAUGUCACAGUACUGAACAAAGACAAUGUCACAGCACUGAACAAAGACAAUGUCACAUCACUAAACAAAGACAAUAUAACAUUACUGAACAAAGACAAUGUUACAGUACUUAAACAAAAACAAUGUCACAGCACUCAACAAAACAAUGUCACAGUACUGAACAAAGACAAUGUCACAGUACUGAACAAAGACAAUGUCACAGUACUGAACAAAGACAAUGUCACAGCACUGAAAAAAGACAAUGUCACAGUAUUGAACAAAGACAAUGUCAUAGUACUGAACAAAGACAAUGUCACAGUACUGAACAAAAACAAUGUCACAUCACUAAACAAAGACAAUGUCACAGUUCUGAACAAAGACAAUGUCACAGUACUGAACAAAUACAAUGUCACAGUAUUGAACAAAGACAAUGUCACAGUACUGAACAUAGACAAUGUCACAGUAUUGAACAUAGACAAUGUCACAGUAUUGAACAAAGACAAUGUCACAGUAUUAAACAAAGACAAUGUGUACAGUUCUGAUAUCCUUAUAUCAUUAUGCAGUUUUUAA